UUAAUUUAAUUAAUUUAUUUUUUUCUCUUCAGGGCAGGGGAAGACAAGUGUUGCACUGGGCACUUGUGUCUAAGCCUUGUUGUUUAGGGCAACAGUUGGCUGUCUGUUUGGAUCAGGUUAGCUAACAUCAGUUAGUCACCAGAUACAACAGUCUGAACGACCCCUUCAGGUACAAAGGAACAAAAGUGAAACAAGAAGGAAGCAAAAUAGCUGCAAGUAAUACUUUUGUUAUUGACGAGACGGAACCAUUUACCGAUUUAAUCAUGCAGUCACAAGACAAUACUCAUCUUGAAUGCCAAGACCAAUCCACGGAUCUUCAAACUGACGUUGUUGAUGAUAUAUUCCAGAUAUUUGAUACCUCCCCAACAGCCAAAACCCCAGUGAUUGACACAUCUUAUUUAACCACGUACGGUAUCGAAGAUGAAUGGCCUAUUUAACAGAGGCUCAAGCCCAAAUACGAAACUCAGAUCUUUUGAUGUUGAAGAGAAUCUCUUAACGGAACAAUUCCCUUCAGACCUGGACAGUUUGUUACUUUCAAAUGACAUAUCCAACCUCCUUCUACCACUGGAUGCAGAUUCCUCCCAAAAGUAUUUGGAUGAGAAUAUUACACAAGGUGUAGGUUCUACAGAAACUUCUUUUGAUUCGGAUCUCCUACUUGAUUCGCAAAAAUCUCUCUUGGAAUCAGAGCCGCUGUACGAGCAUUACUCUGAAUUAGAUAAGAUGCUGGAAAUUUUGUCACCUCUAGAUGAUCAAAAGGUGGAGUUUUACCAGGAGACAGACCAGAAGCCGAAUAAUUUACCAAUGACAGACCAGAAACUGAGUGAUAUGUCUGAAAUUGACCCUCUCCUAGAAAUUUACUCUGAGCCACUUGAUGGUUAUAUUGCUUUCCCUGAUGCAGAAGAAAAGCUGAAAAUUGACCCAACAGUAGAUGAGAAACCAAGUCUUUAUACAGAGCUAAAUCAGAAUAUAGAGACUUGCCCUGCGAUAGAUCAGAAUUCAAAGACUUAUCCUGCAACAAAUGAAAUUCUUGAGGUUUUUCCUGAACAAGGUAAGAAGCAAAUUACCUCAACCCAUCAAAACUCACAAAAAGUAUGCCUGAAUCAGAUGCCUGAGAAUAAAGUUACAUUUAAGAGGCAGAGCUACACUCAGCCUCAUGCAUUAUUACUGAAUAACAGUCAUGUAGUAGGUAUAUCGUCAUCAUCAUCAUCAUCAUCAUCCACAACAACACCUGUUGAAGACCACGAAUGUAGUACUAGUAAAAAGCUUCGUCUAGCAGGUGAAAUCUCCGAUACAGCCCAGACAUCUGUAAGCAAUAGACAAAUGACAACAUCAUCUCUCACGGCUGGUGAAAUGUCUGCAAUUGAGAAAUAUAAUGAGAGGAGAAGACGAAAUAAUAUAGCAUCACGCAAAUCGAGAGAGAAUCGUAAGAAAAAGAAUCAAAAUGAUUUGGUGGAACUGGAAGAACUUGGGAUGAUAAAUGAAAAUCUGAAGCUGAAAGUCAAAGAUCUUGAGGAAUGUUUGGAAAAGACAAAAGCAGAAUUAGUAAAGGCUUUGAUGUAAAUAUCUGGAAGGACUCGAGAGUAAAUAAUGAUUUUAUUUACUAAAACAUUGCUCAUGUUUUAGAUAGACUGACUGUUUCUGUGUAUCAGUUGGGAGAAGGUUAAACAUCAUAAAUUUUUAUUUCUUUCAUUUAACUAUGUAAGAAUUUGAUAUCAUGUUAUUAUUACCGAUUGCAUUCUAGUGCUUCUACAAAAAUUGUGACCAUCAUGACUAAUGCACCUAUAAAAUAUUUAUGUUACCCCAAAGCAGUGAACUGGCAGAGUUGUUAGCAUGUCGGGCAAAAUGCUUAGCGGCAGUUCAUCCAGCUUCACGUUCUGAGUUCAAAUUCUACUGAGGUCGACUUUACCUUUCAUCCUUUCGGGGUCGAUAAAAUAAGUACCAGUUGAACACUGGGGUUGAUGUCAUCAACUUACCCCUUCCCCCAAAAUUACAGGCCUUGUACCAAAAUUCGAAACUAAAAUUUAUGUCACUGGAGUAAGUGGCCUGUAACAUCAUUUUGUGUAAUUUUUUCAAUUCUGUUUUUGACAUUUUUUUUUUUUUUUACUUUAUUUUAACUUUAAAUACGAAAUAAUUAUAACAAAUAAGACAGCUCCAAUUUUGAGAAAUUAUAAUUAUAAAUUUAUAUAAUUUCAGGAGAGAGUUAAAGAUGGUGUAAAAGGAUUUAAAUUUUAAAUUUAACUUCAUAUAUUAGGCUGAAAAUUUUAGUAAUUACAUAAUUUAUUGUAAUGUAACCCUAUAAAGUUGACCAGAACUUUAUUUAUUUAUUUAUCGUUUGAGUCACUAGCAUUUAAAAUUAAUUUAAUUUCAACAUAAAAUAAGCUCUAGAAAAGAGUGUAAUCUUAUUUUUGAAAAAUCAAUGAUUAGCUGCACACAUGUUUAAAUAAGUUAAAAAACAGUGUUGAAUAUUCAAAAUUAUAACCGUAAAUCUUUCUUUAGAAUCUUGUAUUUGCAUUUCUUCUCUUCUAAUGACCAUAAAAAGGUGCAUAAGGAAUAUUAUAAACAAAUUUUGGGAACUCAAAGAAAGACGUUAAAAACAUCUAGGUCUGCUGUGAUGUAGCUACAAUUUUAAAGGUCAACAAUUGACCAUUAGAUAUGGAUUUAACAAUUGACCAUUAGAUAUGGAUUUUAACUGCUGAUUGUUAAAUUGCUUAUUUUCUGAACUUCAGCUUUUAUACCUUUUAUUCUUUUAUACAUUUCAGCCCUAUGGCUGUGGCAAUGCUGGAGCAUUUUUUAAUUUUAUUUUUUUUCUUCUUCAGUUAACCAUCCCCUCCAACUUCAUGAGAAUUUAAGAAUAAAUUCUUUCAAUUUAUCAAAGUUGGUAGUAAGAACUGUUACUUCAGUGACUAGUUCUUUGUUGAUGCCAUUUUUAUGAGCUUUUUUUUUAAAACCAAUUCCAUUAUAUUCAUGAGAUAAAUAUUUAAGAAAAAGACUACCUUUUCAAAAUUCUAAUCAUUAAAGUAAAAAAAAAGAAAAAAACUUGUGAAGGAAAUGUUUUCUUCUGAAUAUUAAAGAAAAUCUGCAAUAUGUUUGUUACUUUUAAUAUGAAAUAUUUCUUGUUAUCCUUUAAUAUGGAUGAGGGCAGUGAACUCGCAAAAUCAUUAGAGCAACAGAAAACAAAAAAUGAUUUGUGAUAUUUGUCCCACUCUUUAUAUUCUGAGUUCAAAUUUCGCCAUGGUAAACUUUGCCUUUCAUCCUUUUGGAGUUGAUAAAGUACUGAUAAAACCAGUAAUAUACUGAGGUCAAUAUAUAUAUUUGACCAACUCACUCCUUUUAAAAUUGUUGGCCUUGUGCCUAAACCAGAAGCAAUUAUCCUUUGAUAUGGGUGCAAUUUUUUUUCAUUUAAGAAAUUCUUUCACUUUCCAUCACAUUUACACACAAACGAUAAUUCCAGAACGCACGACAUAACACACACACACACUCUGUUUGAAUUAUUGCCAAGAAACUCUUUCACCUAGAGAGUAAAAUACAUCUUUCACUAUCUGUAUACAAAAUGAAUUUAAUUCUUAUUUAUUAAUUGAACUCAUUCUUUAUCAAAGACAUCUAAUUGACACAUUAGCACUGCUGCAUUUCCAAAGACUGGAAGAACCUGGAACUCUUGUUCUUUAUUCCCGGUUAUAAUCUGUUAUAAUUCCUUCCAGUUAUUGUUAUUUUUGAAUUUUUUUUUUAAACUUGAACUUGGAUAAAACUUUUUUUUGUUUCAUUUAUAUUUUGUACCAGAAUAUAUGAAAGACAUUCUGAGUGGCGUCAAUUAUCUGAAACAAAACUAUAUUUAUUGAUUUAGAAAUUGUAUGAUAAGCAACUGAGUUACUAAGGCGACAAAGAAAAAAAUUCUUUGGUUUGAAAGAGUUCACAAUAUUAAAAGAUGAAGCUGAUGAUUCCAUCCAAAGAAAACCAAAAAAAAAUUCUACAAAAUAUUUUCUCCGUUUUUUGGAGGACUUUUGUAAAUAAUUGAAAAAAAAAAAUUAAAAAUUAA